AUGGAGGCAGGAACUCGGUAUGGGUAUCCUUGCGGUAACCGUUGCCAUUGUACAUCAUCAGGGGGAAACGUUUUUGCUGAUUGUGCAGGUCUUGAUCUGAAUAAGGCACCAGAUUUUCCAAACAAUGUCGUUGGCAUCAACUUUGCAAAGAACAACUUUCAAAACAUACCCCAAAACCUUCCACAAAACGUAAUGUACCUAGAUCUGUCUCAUAACAAUUUACAUUCACUAGAUGAUUCCUCUGUGGAAAAAUAUCAACAACUCCGAAAUCUAAGUGUCUCUAGGAACAAACUUGUCAAUAUUGAAAUUGGUACAUUUCAAACUAUUUCGAAUCUUGAACAUCUUGAAAUUUCAAACAAUAAUAUGCUUACUAUUGAAGCGAUUUCUAAUAUAUCAUUUGAUCUGAAACACUCACAAAUAAAAACGUUAAAUUUUGAAAAACUUCAGUGCACCUACGGAGUCAGUCAGAUUCUUAAAGUAUCUCACAUUGUAUUUUUAAAAAACACUCUUCUACAGGAAUUGAACUUAGCAUCAAACAGAAUAAAUAGUUUGGAGAUAGGUGUUUUAGUUUCACUUCCAAAAUCACUUCGUGUUCUAAAUUUGGCAGAUAACGUGCUAAGCUUUGGACUUUAUAUCAUGGAAUUUGCUGUUCUACAAAGUUUGGAGAUACUGAAUGUAAGUUUUCAGUCCUCAUUUCAUCAAAUGGGGAUGACUGGUGACUUUUUCGAAAAAUGCAACGACACAAGAAGAUUUCAAGGAGUUGUUUUUAACUCUUCUGUAUCAAGAAAAAAUGAGAAUAACAAUGAUAUUAACAAUGAAAAAUCUUUUGGCGGAUCCAUGUCUGAUUUUUUUAACGAUCUCACAAAAGCUAAAAAUUAUACAAUCUACCUGCCCCCUAAUCUUCGACAAAUUUAUUAUCAUGAUAAUUUGUAUAAAAUGUCCGUACCCAAACUACCCAUAGGACCUGUCAACAAAUUAACACACGUGUAUGCUCAAAGAAAUAUCAUGUAUGAGGCAAUUGGACCUAUUACAGGCAUUGAAAAUGUUCGAUAUAUUGAUUUUUCAGGUAACUUUUGUGGUUACAUUUCAAAAUCAUUUUUCAAAAACUUUACUGGUAUUGAAUUUUUAAAUCUUUCUAACAAUGCUCUCGGACAAGUAUUUGAGAAAGACACAGAGGGGGAAUUCCUUCUAAAUCAAAUUCGACUGUUAUCGCUAGAUUUAUCUUACAACAGAAUACAUAGGCUUUCAGCCGACGUUUUCCAAAGGAACGACAUGUUGGUAUAUUUAAACCUUAGUCAUAAUUCUCUGAAUGAAUUUACAGUUCAGAUAAACCACAUGAAAAAUCUAUCACUAUUAGACCUAUCUUUCAAUCAGUUAACUCAUCUAGGAUCUUCAACAAGGAAAACAUUGAAUACCAUAGCAAAAGAGAAAGAAGUUGUUGUUAAUUUGUUGGGUAACCCACUCAAGUGCUCUUGUGAAAAUCUGGAUUUUGUCAACUGGAUUCAUAACUCACAGGCUUUGAAUGUUUUUAUGUUGCAGAAUUACACAUGUGAAUUUGAAAGUAUUAAAGAAUAUCCAUUGAAGGAAAUUGUAAAUUUACUUCAGAAAAUGGAGAAAAAGUGUUCUUCGUAUACACUUAUCACAGUAUUGGUGACGACAUUGAUAAUUGUUGCAUUAACAACAACAGUGAGUCGCAUCGUGUUUAGAUAUAGAUGGAAGCUCAGAUACAUGUAUUACGUCGCAAAAGAGAAAUAUCAUGGUCAGGUCUUUGAUAAUGACAUCAUCAGGAAAAGCCCAUAUCGCUUUGAUGCUUUUAUUUCCUAUGCAGAUAAAGACAGCAGUUUUGUCUUUAAUAUCACACGUAAACUAGAGAAUGAAUAUGACUUACGAUUGUGUAUUCAUCAUAGAGAUUUUAUUCCCGGUACAGAAAUAAUGGACAAUAUUACAAAUGCUGUUCACUGUAGCAGAAGAACUGUUUGCAUUAUGACGUCACACUUUCUAGAUUCCUAUUGGUGCAUGUUUGAGUUAAAUAUGGCGAGAAUGGAAGCCAUUUAUUCUCGAAAGGGUAGAAAUGUUUUGUUUCUAAUAAUCUUGGAAAAGAACGCCAUGAAAAAUGUUCCUCUAUUUCUGAUGGACCUAAUUGAGAGUCAAUCCUACCUGGAAUACCCGGAUGAAGAAGCGGAGGAAGAAAUAGCGUUUAGAUCUAGACUUGGGGAAACGUUAAAAUCAAAUGACUGUGAUUUCUAG